GCAUAUUCUUGUAUAAAAUCACUCCAGGUCAUGUGUUUUCACGUAUAGCAUCGCGGCUGUUGUGAUCCUCGCGUUAACAUGCUCUCUCUUGUGCGCUAAUGCUUAAUUCAUUCAUCGUGGUGUGCAUAACUGAUCAAACAUAAGCAUUAAUAUCUCAUCCUUACACGAGGCUGAAGUUGGCUUCCUAUUCGCCAGCUUCUUGUUUGAGACGCCAGAAUUUAACUGCUGUCCCAUUUAAGGUGGAACGGGAGAAUUCGAGCUAGAAGAGUUCACAGUUGCUUCCACAUCGAUCCUGAUUAGUUUGCAGCCUGAAAAAGCCACACGGGAAUCUGGGCCAGUGCCAGCCUGCAGUGUUGCAGCCCGCCAUUCUGUGGGCCCUCAGCCUCAGAGUAAAGCAGCUGACCCACACGCCUCUCAUGGGAAGAGCCUGGUCAUCUUUUCUGUUCAUCAGUCCGCACCGAUCUCAGCAGCAUGUGGAAGCCGUGCCCUUACCCCGGAGUGUCCUGGGACUCGGAGCACAGAGCAGAACCUGACCCGUGGAAAGGAACAGCCGCUUGCAUCGCCAUAGGACUCCUGUUCGUAAUGACCAUUGGAUUAAUCUACUGGCAAGUGGUGGAUCAGUCCCACAAUCACUGGAUUCUCCAGGGCCGCUUCACGGGGAUUUUCUGGGAGUCCAGGAAGCAUUCCCUAGUGUUUCAGACGCUUUCCGAGGAGAAAAGGGUCGUGGAAGUUUCUGUUGGACAGAUAGGAGACCCUGAUCUGCACGUGCGUUUUGCGAGGAAUCGUUGCUGGCUCAACUCGAGCGGUUUCUGCACUGAGUGGGACGGGCAGGUCGAGGUGAGGAUGGUUUUGGAGCUGGACGAGCUGUCUCACAUGGAGUGCUACAACAUAACGUGGAUGCCUCUGCACUGUCAUGUUGACAUGAGGCACUGUUUUUAUAUGGAGAAUAUCUUCUGGUAUGGUGGAGCAGGCGUCCAGGCACAGAAAUGGCCCAUAAACACUGUGAAUAUUCCACUGCAGCCCUUCACUGUCAGUGAUUUGAGACUCAAUCCCUCAGGGUAUGGCUCUGUGUUGGACCACGAGUUUUUUGGAUCAACAGGUGUUGCAGUGCUGCUUUCUCCAGAUGUGCCCCUGAAUGUUGGUAUCGACAGUAAUCUGAAGCUGUGUGUCCAGCCACAGCAAAUACGGGUCACACAGCCUCUACAGUACAGAGUUUGCGUGGGUCGCAAUCUCAGAACUGUUCAUCAGAAAAUAGCACACGAACGCAGGCUCCACUCACCACAGCUGCCUGACCUGGGCAUCUUAAGGUCACCUCUAUGGAAGCUGGUGGUGAACACAGACUCUGGCGCGAAGCUGGAGAAAGAGCUGAGGACGUUUGCCAACCGGCUGAAGAGGCACCAGCUUAAUGAGGGCAUUAUCAGCCUUGAUGAACAUUCCACCUCUUUGCUACUGAAAACGGGCCACAGUUAUUCCCAUGGAAGGAACAGGAACCUUCCACUGGUCAGACACCUCAACAUUUCUGUCACUUUUACGCCAUACGUCAGCGUCAAUAACCAGCAGUUUCAGAUGUCUCUUCAGGAAGGAAAAGAGGCCUUCUGGCUCAGCCGGCUGACUACCACACAGGGACAUGUGGUUCCUUUAAUGAACCCAUGGAAAGGAGAUAUCUGUGUGAAGCUGAACAUCUCCAACCCAGCAGCAGUCAGGUGGUUCUUGGAGCGAGCGGGCAACUGGUCUGCCCAGCUGGACGCAGAGUACGUCAUUCUGGAGGGAGGGGAAGGGAGCCUCUCUGGUGGCCUUCCAGAGGUUCAGGUCAGUCAAGAGUACAUCACGCUCUUGGCUGGCCUUGCUAUGAGGGUUGGAAGGACAGCUAUAGUGACCUCAGGGUCAAGGACCAGUGAUGUACCAUUGUUCAUAAUGAUGUCACCACUGCAAGGCAGCUGGGGCUACACAGGAAUUAAGGGCAUCAUUCCAUCUAUCUUGCACUACAGUAUUCUAGGAUAUAACUUCUUCAUUUCUGAUGCCAUUGGUGGCUCACUGGUUGAUCACAUGUUUAGUGAUGAAGAGCUCUUUAUCCGUUGGCUAGAAAUUGUCUCAUUUCUCCCAGUUAUCUCCUUCCAGACACCUCCAUGGAGUUUUAGCAAAUACUGGGUUCUGAACCUCACUAAGUCCUAUCUGUCACUGCACCAUGACUUUGUGGUUCCUCUCCUACUGAAGUACGCUCAUGAAUGGAGGCAAACAACAAAUCCAAUCUACAGGCCGCUGUGGUGGAUCAGUCCAGAGGACCCCUUUACGUUUACUAUUGAUGAUGAAUUCCUCAUUGGAUCUGAGGUCCUGGUAGCACCUGUAACUGAUCAGGGAAAAGUUAAAAGGAACAUUUACUUACCAGGAGAUGGAAUUCAGUGGAGAGAUCGGUGGAAUGGCCAAGUUUUUGAUGGAGGGACUCUACUACAUAGUUAUUCUGUCGGACUGGAAAAGGUAGCCGUCUUCCUACGGAUACGGUCUUGAAGCCCAAGCGGCUCCAUACACUUCUUCCAUGCACAAGAUGCACUUUCUUAAAGACUGGUCUUGUCAAUAACACAAUGUGAUUCUUGUGUUUUUUUUUAAUACUAAUUUGUUGUGGGAUACAGUAAAUACAUGGUAUGUAUUUUUAUUCUGAAAAAGCUGUGAAUAUUUCACAUUGUUUUGCUAUACAAAGAGACAAAUGUUUCACAUUCAGUUUAAUUUUGGUGUAUGAGCAUUAUGUUCAUUCACAAUUGUACAUAAUCUUCAUAUUGACAUCAAGCACACAUACAAUAAACUGCAUGAAAGGAAUAGACAAUAAAUAAUGUGACUGCA